AAUUCCUCUUAGUGGGCCGGCUAAAAUAUAGACCCAUACACUGAAGUUCCCUCACUUCAUCAUCAAUUUCUUGCUUUUUCUACACGGAACUCCUCACAUUCUCUUUCUCUAAUUGUUAGCUGAGACAGUUGAGUUCAGGGCAAGCAGAGAUAGAAAUCAUGUUUUUUGAUGGAUAUGGAUAUCAUGGAAGAUCAUUUGAGCAGACCUACCGGUGUUAUCCUGCAUCAUUCAUUGAUAAGCCACAAUUAGAAAAUGGAGACAAAAUCAUAAUGCCUCCCUCUGCUCUUGAUCGUCUAGCAUCACUUCACAUCGAUUACCCAAUGUUGUUUGAGCUUCGAAAUGCUACCACAGAACGGGUUUCUCACUGUGGAGUUUUGGAGUUCAUUGCAGAGGAGGGCAUGAUAUAUAUGCCAUAUUGGAUGAUGCAAAAUUUAUUCCUACAAGAAGGCGAUAUUGUGACAGUGAAGAAUGUAACUCUUCCUAAGGGUAAAUAUGUCAAGUUGCAACCCCACACAAAGGAUUUUCUGGAUAUUUCUAACCCAAAGGCCAUCUUGGAGACGACACUCAGAAACUUUUCCUGCUUAACCACAGGAGAUAGUAUUAUGGUGGCUUACAACAAUAAAAAAUACUACAUAGACAUUGUGGAGACCAAACCUUCUAAUGGAAUAAGUAUUAUUGAGACAGACUGUGAAGUAGAUUUUGCUCCCCCACUUGAUUACAAAGAACCUGAAAGAACAGCUCCUUCUCGUCCAAGCAAGGCUCCUGCAGAAGUUGAAGAGGCUGUAACAGAAACUGAGCCAAAAUUCAACCCAUUUACUGGUGGAGCGAGACGUUUGGAUGGGAAACCGUUGAAACAACCACCUCCACUUUCUUCGUCUUCUGGGUCUUCAGACAAGCAAGCUGAUGUUACUAAUGUUGGUGGGAAGUCUGCUGCUUCAAGCUCUAAAACUUCUAGUCGUCAGUCACAAGGGAAGCUUGUAUUUGGUUCAAAUGCAAACCGCGUUCCUGAAAAACUGAAGGAACCCGUGAAAGACGAACCUCCAAAGAAAGAAGAACCAAAGUUUCAGCCUUUCUCUGGAAAAAAGUACUCCUUGAGGGGUUAAUUGCAAUUAAAUUACUUUUCUCCUAUUCACCUUUUGUGUAUUAAGUAUUAUAACCAUUUCUUUUGUCAGUCACAUAUUUGAUUAUGUUAAACUUAUUGUAUAAUCUAUACAAAUUAGGAAUCAUCGACUGUUGCCAGUGAUGGAAUGACGUACUCCUAGUUAAUUCAGGGGAGUGAUCCUAAAAAUGGUUUGCUGGCGUAGACUCUCUUAUAAAGCAUAAUUUGUUUUAUCA